UCCCCCUGGCUCAUCACGUCCAUGCGUGGCUCUAACAUUCUUCUGAUACGUUUUCUUUUUCUUCGUAGAAAUUAUGUUCUCUAGUUUCUCACGGAAAGCCUAUUUGUCGGGUUUUAUUUCUAGACUGCAAUUGUUAUAGAAUUGGACAUUUUACAUUUCUGAUCCAGUGUUUGGGACGCAUGGGCAGCAGCUGGUGUUGCCGAACAUCUUGAAGACCUUUCAUCAAUCACUUUUUUUAAACCCGUUCCUAUUUAACAUCAAAGGUGUAUUCUUCAGAUUUUACCACUGAGGCAAACAUUUUAUGUUAAAUGUAAGACGAAUGUACCACUCUUUCACUUUCUUUUGUGCUUGCCGUGAGCGAGUUUCUUAGAAAAAAAAUCUCGUUUCUUCAGCUCGAUUGGAUCGUGUAUGUUUGUUUCAGUUGUGUUUGUAUUGUUUGAACUGUCAAAUCAAAAGCAUCGCUCUACAGCUCGUGCGCAUCACCGCUACUCCGCGGCGCGCACCGGACGCGCACCGGGCUGAUACACUGUGAAUUCUAACGCGGUAAAUCGAAAUACAGAAGAGCAAGACACGAGCGAGUGCAUCCGUCCACAAGAAUUCAGACUCCGUCUGUGAACAAAGUUGUUCUUCAAACAUCUGCCUAUACCAGAGCUACCCAAUAUGAACCUCUUUUAACCGGAAGAAUACGUCUGUCUCUCAGAGCAGAGGUUUUAUUGGUUGUCAACUCUGCGACUGGUGGACACAGUUACCGUUGCACUGCCACCAUGCCUCAUUUGCACCUGCCGUCCAUCCCUUUCUCCCUCACCCCAUGCCUUUCCUCUCUCCUCCUGGUUUUCCUUUUGGGCCUCACUCAUGUCUCUCAGGCCAGCCCUGACGUGUCUCAAAGCAGUCCAGGGAACUGCUCAGGGGAGGACAGCUGCUCUGAAGGUGUCGUCCUGCCGGUGUGGAACCCCCAAAACCCAUCGGUGGGCGACAAGGUUGCACGUGCCAUUGUCUACUUCGUGGCUCUCAUCUACAUGUUCUUAGGCAUGUCUAUCAUUGCUGACCGCUUCAUGUCCUCCAUCGAGGUCAUCACUUCUCAAGAGAAAGAGAUAACGAUCAAGAAACCCAACGGUGAAGUCACCACAACGACCGUGCGCAUCUGGAACGAGACCGUGUCCAAUUUGACCCUCAUGGCUUUGGGGUCUUCAGCUCCUGAGAUCCUCUUGUCUGUGAUUGAGGUCUGCGGGCACAAGUUUGAGGCUGGUAACCUCGGGCCGAGCACAAUCGUGGGCAGCGCCGCCUUCAACAUGUUCAUCAUCAUCGCCAUUUGCGUUUACGUGGUUCCUGACGGGGAGGUGCGAAAAAUCAAGCACUUGAGGGUUUUCUUUGUGACCGCAGCCUGGAGUGUGUUCGCCUACAUCUGGCUGUACCUGAUACUGUCGGUCUUCUCUCCUGGUGUGGUGGAAGUCUGGGAGGCUGUUCUCACGUUCUUCUUCUUUCCGCUGUGUGUGGUUCAGGCCUGGAUCGCUGACCGCCGACUGCUCUUUUACAAAUACGUGCACAAGCGCUACCGGGCUGACAAGAAUCGUGGCAUCAUAAUCGAAACGGAGGGCGACGGCAUGUUUACCAAAAUGGAUAUGGAGAUGGAUGGGCAGGGCGUCAACUCUCACAAAGAGGCUCUCGAUGGCAUGCUGGCCGGAGUUGAGGAAGGGGGAGGUGGUGGCAGUGGAGGAGAAGAAGAGGAGGCCAGGAGGGAUAUGGCUCGUACACUGAAGGAGCUCAAACAGAGACACCCGGAGAAGGACAUGGAGCAGCUGAUCGAGAUGGCUAACUAUCAAGUGCUGGUACAGCAGCAGAAGAGUCGAGCUUUCUACCGCAUCCAGGCAACCCGCAUGAUGAUCGGAGCAGGCAACAUCUUGAAGAAGCACGCAGCAGACCAGGCCAGGAAGGUGGUGAGCUGCCACGAGUCUAACGCCCAGGAAGAAGACCCUCAUACCAUCUAUUUUGAGUUUGAACCCUCGCAUUACCAAUGCUUCGAGAACUGCGGCUCCUUAAAACUUUCUGUCACUCGACAUGGUGGAGACAGUGGCUGCACGGUUAAGGUCGACUACCGCACAGAAGACGGAACAGCUAACGCGGGAUCAGACUAUGAAUUCGCAGAGGGUACUCUGGUCUUUAAACCGGGCGAGACCGUGAAGGAGCUGACAGUUGGUGUGAUUGACGAUGACAUAUUUGAGGAAGAUGAGCAUUUCUACGUACACCUCAGCAACCCUCGAGUCGUCCACCGUGCUGAGGUAUCAGUUCUCGACCCUAACGCUGUGUCUUCAGGCAACAGCAUCAUCGGGUCCAGCCACGUUCCUCCUAAAGCCGCCCUGGGUAACGCUCACAGCGCUACGGUGACCAUUUACGAUGACGACCACGCUGGAAUCUUCACAUUCGAGAGCAAUUCCACACGAGUGAGUGAGAGCGUGGGCAUCAUGCAGGUGAAGGUCCACAGAACAUCUGGAGCACGAGGGAAGGUGGCAGUGCCGUACCACACUACAGAGGGCACAGCCAAAGCUGGAGAAGACUAUGAGGAGGUGGCUGGCAAACUGGAGUUCCUCAACGAUGAGACCAUGAAGAUCCUGGAGGUACAGAUCAUUGAUGACGAAGAAUAUGAGAAAAAUAAAACCUUCACCAUUCACCUGGGAGAGCCGGUGCUGCUGGAGAUAGGACAAAAACACGGAGACUCUAAUGAUAACAAGCCGGCGGUGGGAGCAGAGGAAGAAGAAGUGGCCAAGAUGGGCUGCCCGAGUCUGGGAGAGCACACUAAGCUGGAGGUGGUCAUUGAAGAAUCCUAUGAAUUCAAGAAUACUGUUGACAAGCUAAUAAAGAAGACAAACUUGGCGCUGGUGGUGGGCAGCAGUAGCUGGAGAGAGCAAUUUGUAAGCGCUGUUACUGUCAGUGCAGGUGACGAUGAUGAGGAGGAGAGCGGAGAAGAGCGAUUGCCCUCAUGCUUCGAUUACAUCAUGCACUUCCUGACAGUGUUCUGGAAAGUUCUGUUCGCCUUUGUCCCACCCACCGAGUACUGGAACGGCUGGGCCUGCUUCAUUGUGUCCAUUACUCUCAUCGGAGUCCUGACCGCCGUCACCGGAGAUCUGGCGUGUCACUUUGGUUGUACAGUAGGCCUGAAGGACUCCGUCACAGCUGUGGUGUUUGUGGCCCUGGGUACAUCUGUGCCUGACACCUUUGCCAGUAAAGUGGCAGCCAUCCAGGACCAAUACGCCGACGCGUCCAUUGGAAACGUGACAGGUAGUAACGCAGUUAACGUCUUCCUUGGAAUCGGAGUGGCAUGGACCAUCGCCGCCGUGUACUGGCAGAGUCAGGGAAAACAGUUCAAGGUCCCGCCGGGCUCCCUUGCUUUUUCCGUCACCCUCUUCACAAUCAUGGCACUGUUGUGCGUCGUCAUUCUUCUUUACCGCCGUCGGCCCUCCGUGUCCGGGGGCGAGCUGGGUGGCCCGCGAACCGCCAAGCUGCUCACUGUGUUCCUGUUCCUCACGCUCUGGCUCAUCUACAUCCUGCUGUCCUCUCUGGAGGCAUAUUGCCACGUGCCUGGCUUCUAACAACCAGAAAGGGAAAUGUACUUCUCGCUGUAUAACCCCCUGAUCAUUCUUCCUGCCGUUGUGUAUAUGAGAAGUCUAAAAUAAGUGUUUACAUUUGUUCUUACUGAUAAUUGUCGUGGUACAAACUGAACUCGCAUCCUGUCACCAACACGGAAUAGUCGGGCGUCGGUGGAGGAUGAUGGAGAAUCUGUGGUUUGGCACGUAGCUUCUCUUUAUAGAUGUUCUCUCUCACACAGUGUCUGUCAGCACUUGGAUAUUGAGACACAGCAGCACUUAUCCAAAAUACUCUCCAGAGAGCCCCUUCAGCAUUUUUCCCGCUUCAGUGCUGUAUUUUUAGCCUUUAGCCUCACUUUGAGAUUCUCUCAGAAAUCCCCCGUCUAUCACUUCUCCCGGGUCCUUUCAAUAGACUCAUUCCCACUGCAGAUCCACCUUCCCCGGAGACAUGAACAUUCUCAUAGCUCUUCUGUUGCCAGUUACUUUCAGCUCCCUAUAGAUCUUUGUACCGCUCUAAUGGAAUUCAUUUUUCAAAAAUGUAAUUUUAACUUAAAUUGUCCAGGGAGGGCUGAAUCCCCGCAACAACCCCGCCCACAAAACUACACAUGCCACACCCCUGUCCCAGCUGUGAUCCUGAUCUCAACACAUCCUAAACCACACCCUCUUUCAUUCUAAUCUUUUUUUAAUGUCAAGUGCUUGUGUUGUAGAACUUUUAAGGAAUUUUUUCCCAUACUACUGAAAUCAAAUAUCUGUGAAGAGAAAUAUUGUAGGGAGAACAGCAAGAUGAACUUUUAUGAUAUUUUUAGUUCAAGUAAAUGAGAGAGAUGCGUAUUUUGCAUGGCACAACCUUAGUGAUAGAAGUUGAAUGGAGACCAAAAGAAGUAGUUUAAAGAUGACGGUGUCAUAACAACCAAGUAUCGGUGUUUAUUCAUGUGAUAUUUAUUUAUAUUUAUUACUAUCAACUACAGUAUGUAUUACAUGGAGAAAUAUUAUGGACUAUGUGUGGGUGAUGGCAUGAAUGAGAGAGCGAUUCAACAUAUUUAACAAAUGAAUGUCGAAUGAGUGUUCAGUGUUCAAAGUCUUGUGCAUAUGAAUGUGUCCUAACCAAUCGAUUAAUUGCUAAUAAUCGAUUCCACCAAUAAAAAUGGCUGUUUAUAAAAGGUGGUGUUUAUAUAAAAUGUGUGUGCCGUGUAUGUGUAAGCCAAGGGAUAAUCCAUGGCUAGCUGUGCAUUAAAGGAUUUUAAUGCAUGAUGUGGAUGCCAAGAACCUCUGCCGUUGCCUCUGCGAAGUGCAUUCAAACCCUUUAAUGCAAGGCUAGCCAUGGAUUAUCCCGCUUAUACCAUGGUCAUUUGUCAAGUUAAAGGUUUUAAUGCACACCUUCCAGCCAAUCAGAAUCGAGUAUUCAAACAGAUCAUGGUAUAAAUAUAUGUAUAUAAUAUAAACACCACACACGCAUAUUAUAUAAACCAAACUUUUUAAAUCAAUUAAUCACGAUUAAUCGAUUUGACCGCCUGAGUCCUAAUGUAUGAAAGCGUGCCGUACUCAAGCACAGUGAACUCUGUGCUCCACUGCCAUAGUCAGGAGUUUCAGAUUCAUUUUCUGUCCAGUCCUGUGAGUUUCUGGAGCUUUCUUCCUCAUCCGUGUUUCUACAAUUGACUGCAGCUUCCGUGUGGUACAUUACUUCCCAUGCCGUUGCUCUGAUAGAGUCUUAAAUCUUGCUGUCGUACAAAGCCAUGUUCCGCACUGUGUAAAUGUAAAUGCUAAUAUCUAAGAGGCUUGGCAUCAUUGAAUCAUGUGGUUGUGUGCAAACGCAACAAGGGUGCCUUGAUAUCAACAAUGUCAUUAGGCCAUAAAUUUAGUCUGUCACUGAGUUUACACUGUUUUACAGGGCAUGUUUUCACAUGUCUAACAUAAGUUAUUAUGAUGGGAUUUGUAAAUGUCUUGUUUUUGCAAUUUAUAUUUGAAAUGUGAGGCCCUCAACUUUAUCGCAUUAAUCCAGAGCUGUAUAUAUUUAUUGACAUGAUUAUUUCUGCUGAUAGGAUCACGGCUAUCUAAUUUGCAUUUACACGCAUACUAUUGCAUACUAUUCAGUCAGCCAGGAGUUAAACUAGCCAAGUUAGCCCAAGUUCUUUCCAUCCUUCGCUCUUCUUUGUAAAGCGAUACAGUUGUUACGGGUUUCAGUUUGAAGAUAUUUCAUAAUUGUUUACAAGAGUGUCCCAGCUAUCAGCCAUCUGCUUGGUCCAUCCUGGGACAUGCUACACGAAACACUCAGUUAUAGCUGUGGGAAAUUUUGGUGUUGUUUACACUUAUGGGUCCCGGUUGACAUGUAACUUUUAAAGAGCCUGUCCUAAAGAGCAUGUUAAAAAUUCCAUCACCUGUAGGCGAGUUGGUGUAAGGACGCCAAUGGCCUAAUGCACCACUUUAGAUGCAAGAAAUUGCAGAGGGAAAUAUGUCCAGUGGUUCAAAAGCGACUGGGUUUUACAGCCCUACAUUUUAAUGAAUGAUAAAAUAUAUGGCUUCAACAAAUCCACAGUCAGCCAUCUAUAGAAGUGUUCCACUUACUUCCUCCAGAUCACAUCACCAGAUCCAGUGUGACGUGAAAGUGGGCGGACCAGAUGUACAUUUUUAUCAGCGUGCGUGUAUUUACACAUUCUGACUUUUCAAUGAUUUAAAAAAGCACAGAGCAAUGUAUUUUUAGUGCUUCUUGUUGCUAGGCGACGUUUCAAAGAGUCAUUGUCUUUCUGUCGUUAUUUUGUCUUGUGUCAUUGCACUCGGGUGGGUGUGGAAGGGAGGGCUGCCGGUUUGUAAUUACUUCAUAAGGUCACUUUCCUUUCUCUUUGUAACUGAUCACACCGGGUUAUUGAACUUGAAGUUGCACCCUAAAUGAAGGACAGUCUCUAAUUAAAGAGUUAGCAGAAAUGUAAGUUGCCCUAAGAGUUUUGAGUUGGAAUAUUAAUAAGAGCUGAUGUUGUUUUGUGGCGCUGUGAUUGAUCUCCCUAAAGUCAAAUAUAGCAGGAUUAUGACACUUGGUAACUUUGCAUCAGACUAAUGGAGUAUUUAAAAAAUUUAACAACAGCAGAGGGGGUUAUGGUAAUCUCUAUUUAAUGAUCAAAAGCCAGUGGAUAACCGCAAAAAAUACCGUAUGAGACUUGUACAACCCACUAUAGAAAUCUGCUAGUUAAUGGAGACUGGGAAGGACCAUCCCUUGUGGGAUUAUGGCCUAAAGCAUAGUGUUAUCUAACUGUGAUUUAUGAUCAAAUAACAGUAGAAACACACAGUGACCGUAUCCACUUCCAUUUCAAAAGGAACAGUUCACCCCAAAAUGAAAAAGUUUAGUUACUCAUGUCAUUCAGAACCCAUAUGCUUUUUUCUAUGGAAUCAUUACACAGAUGUUAAAGUUUGGACCACUGUUUAGUAAUCAGUGGUUGUCAAGCUCUAAAAAGGAGCAAAAAUACAAAAGUAGUCAGAAUGACUGAAAUGUAUGUUCUAACGUCUUUUAAAGCCAGAGGAUAAAGCAAGUUUGUGUGAGGAACAAUCAAUGCAUUCGUGGUGUACUUAUUACGUUGGUUUUUGCCCUUUUCGACUUAUUGGACCUAUUUUGUAUCUUAAGGUACAGUUAAAUGUUUUGUUUCCUCAAAAUUUUAAAGUACACAAUAGGUCUUCAUGGUACAAUUAUGUACCCAAAAAGAUACAAGAUAUUUAAUGUUUUGUUCCCAUAGAAGUACAAAAAGGAAACCUUAAUGGAAAAGGUCACCUGAAAAUCAAAAUCGUGUUAGUUUUUACUCACCCACAUGACGUUCAACAUGUUUUAAGACCUCCUGGCAUCUUCGGAACACAAAUAAAGAUAUUUUAGGCAUCAUAGUUAUAGUUUUUGUCAAGGUCCAGAAAAGUACUAAAGACAUCGUUAAAUUGGUCCAUCUGCUCAUAGUGGCUCAAUGGAAUUUUUUGAAGCGACGAGAAUACUUUAUGUGCGAAAAACAAACCAAAAUAACGAGUUCAAUCGAUAUAUUCUCCUCUGUCUUGUCAGUCUAUGGUGUGCGUUCAAGAGCGCACUUCGACGCAUGCGCAUUCGGUUUGUGCACCGAACGCCGCAUGGCUCAUGAAAGAGGCGAAUAUAUCGAUUAAACUCGUUAUUUUGGUUUGUUUUUCACAAUUUUGAUUUUGAGGUGAACUUUUCCUUUAAGGGUACCACCUCAGUGAUGGUAAAAGUUAGGCUAGACACAAGCUUCCACCGAGGUGCCUCGAUCCGUUAUUCACGAAAAGCUAUUGUAUGGCUUCAGAAGACUUGACUAUAGUGCACAAAUCAUAUUGACUACUUUUAUGUUGCUUCAAUGGUGUUUUUGUCCUUUUUGGACAGCCACUGUGAACCAUUGUUGUGUGAAAAGAGCUGCGUAAUGAUUUUACUUUUGUGUUCCACAGCGAAUACAAACAGCACAAUGUGUGAGUCAAUAAUGAUGGAAUUAUUCUUUUUUUGUGAUCUAUGCCUUUAAAUAGGUGCAUAGUGAAGCAAAUCGUAAGCACAAGCAAUUUUGUUCCACAUAAACAGCUAAUAUAAAAUGCACCAUGUCCUCUCCAUCAAUGUACCACUGGAAUGCUUUUUAUUAUGAAUCAGCAUCUUUUGUAAUAGUCGACAUUGAGGAAGCACAAAGCAGCGUAAAAGUUUCUUGCUCCCCCAAACUCCCUCAGAUAAACUCUAAAAAGAAAAGCUCUUAUCAGAUAUUCACAGUGCAUCAUAGCAUGCUUGUUUCAUUGCUGAAUGUCAGGGUGUUUGUGUGUCAUGUGAGAGUCUCGGUCUGUCACAAGUGCUCUCGUGAUACAAUCUUAAAGCAUGUCUUUUCUAUGUGCGUGCGUUUGUUCUCUAAUAUUUGAUUUCUCUUUAAUCCCAACAUUGAGGUAUUUACAAAAGAAAGAAAUUGUGCUUGGGUUUUGUAUGUAUUGCUAUUUGAUAAAAUUGCUGUUUUAAAAACGAGUCGUUUUUUUUAAGCCAAGUGUUCUUUACAUAGUUACUUGAUACUGUUAUUGUCUUCUUGUCAAUAUGUUCUGUGCUGGGAAAAAAAUAUAUUUUGGGUAAAAAUAUGUGCUGCAUAGAGCCCUAAACACAACAAGAAAGUCAUUUAUGUUCUCUUAAUGUUAUAUUUAGAAGUGUGUGUGCGUGAAAGGGUGUGAUUUUAUUUGAACUCAUUAAAUCUGUAUUGUAAAUGGAAGCUUUUUGCCAAAAGAUGGAGAAUGAGUCUCUGUUCGUAUUGUUUUCAUUUCAUUUAUUAAUAAGUACAUUAAAGUUGGAAUUGUAUAUUAACAACAGACUUACAGUAUUCUUGAUUUAAAAGGUUUUGUAUUUUCGCAAGCAAAUGGCAAGACAAAAAAUUCUCUGUCAGUUGUUUCUUCAUUGACUUUUGGCGUUCAUAUUAAAUUUACUAAUGAUUUUUCAUUUUGCUAAUACACUAUAUUAAGUGGAGAUCAAGUGAAAUCUAGGAAUAUUGGGGGUUCUUAUUUCCCAAGUAUCUUGUCUGUGAAAACUCACACUAAAUGACAAAACAAUCCUUGCUUAAAUGUAUCACAAAACCUGGAAAUAAACUUCAGCCUCUUGCUUGUUGAAAGAUCUGAAUGAUUCAGUGGGUUUGCAAACUUCAUCACAAUAUUUCAUGUAGUUUGUCCUAUUUUUGAAUAAUAGCAUCUGUCUUAUCUACCUCACCUUGACUGGAU